AUGAACACCUGGUCCACCUGCCCCUCUGCGCAUCGAGGCCUCCUUCUCGCUCGGUUGGCCAACAAGAUUGAGGCGCUGCCGCCCACGGAGCACGGCAAGGACUCGGCCAGGCGUGUGAUCUUGAACACCGAGUACUUGGCCCGCGACUUCGUCAUGGAUGUGAACCUGUCAGGCUACCUCAUGAGUGGGACCAGCUACGCGCCAUGGUUCCACAUCGGCCAAGCCUACUCCACCAUCAAGACGAAGUUUCCGGACAUUCUGCAGAUGAUGGGCGAGCCAAGCCCCUCCGCGCAGCGUGAAGAGUUGCUCGCCACCCUGCGCAGCUACUUGGAGCAGGACGUGCCGGAGCGGACCCCGUCCUUUCUAAGACGGCCAGGCCUCACUAGUCUGGAGAAAGCCGCAGCCCUCUUCGCCCAAGCAGACUACCUCCGCAUCACGAAGGCCUGGGGCAUACCGGGCCAUGGUGGAGCCCUGGGACCCGCGCGCGAGGAGAUGCACCGUCUGCUGAACAGAGGCCAACGGUUCCUACAGCAGGCCUACAAGCACGCCAAGGCAAGCGCGCCUUCCUCCUGGACAGAUCUGUAUGGGCUGCUGAUGAUGGUCGCUCAGGUUGAGGUGCCCCUCUUUGAGAUUCUGGACCGCCUGGACCGCCAAGUGGUAGAGCCCAUACACAUGAAGGACUCCGUGACGCACCCGGACACUGCGUUCUUCGUCCACCUGCUGCCAACGCGGAAUGUCGAGUCCAACCACGUGCGCUCAGUAUUGGAGCUCCACUGCGACAUGGUCUUCAAGGGGAUGGUGGGCAAACGACCUCUGAAAGUCGUGGAAGUCGGUACGCACCUGGGAGGCUGCAUCCUCUAUGCACUCACCCACUCGCGUGCGCAGUCUCGAGGCGUGGCGAUCGACGCAUAUGGCCCAGCAACGGCAGCGCUUCGCCGCACAGCGGAAAGCAAUGGCUUGGCAGACCGGCUCACGGUCCUCCAGCACUUCAUCUGCUCAGACAGCCGCAAGUUUGCGUCCGUCGUCGAGCCGACGGGAUGGCUGAGCCAGCCUGGCUGGCACGAGCUCGCACAGGAUCAUGCACCCGAGGCCAAGUCUGAAGUGGUAGCAUGCACAAGCUUGGAGUCCGUCCUGCGGGAGCAGGGCAUGGAGGAGGUGGACCUCCUCCGCGUGAGCGUCCUAGGCCGGGAGUACACCGCCCUGCGCUCGGCGGAAGGCCUUCUCGCAGCCGGGAAGGUGAAAUCAAUUGCAGCCUCCGUGCUCAAAAACACGGAGAAUGUGUUGGAGAUGGGGAAGAUGCUGCACCGCCAUGGCUACAAAUUAAGCUUCAUCGGCUAUGAAGAUGAAGAUGUGCUGCGUAUCCUGGCGGAUGUGGAUCUGAUCCCGGCAGGUACCUUGACGCUGGUCGCCCAAUAUGCUGGGUGA